AUCGGAAGGAAUUGGAUGGGGAAAUUGAGACUUGAUAGAGGAAUAGCGCGAGGCUAUUUAGCCAGGCGCGGGCCAGUCCUUCAGGGCUGUAGAACCUGGAGGCGAGGAGAGAAAGGAGCGGAGGGCAGGGAGGAGAGGCGGCGACCAAGGCGGCUGAUGGAGGUCUCGGAGCGGGGGAGGCGUGGGCUGGGAGCCGGAGAAGGGCGGGGAGCGGCGCGCGUGCACGGAUUUAUACCAGAGCUUGAUGGGCAGCAGGCCGGGGAGCGCAGAGGUGGGGCGUGCGGUGAGGGGCGCGAGCCAGCGAUGGGAGUAACUGGGGCGCGCGACCCUGGCCGGCGCUUGACAGCUUCCGCCCCUGUAGGCUCCAGUGAUUUCCUGCUUGCGUGAGGAAAACUGGGAUCUGGGAGGUGUCCGCGCCCUCCGUGCCACCGUCCGUGCCACCGGGGCCGGCGCCGAUCAUGCCCCGCGGCUGCCGCUGUCUGCGUCUCGUGUGCCUGCUGUGCAUCCUGGGGGCGCCUGGUCAGCCGGCCGGAGCUGAUGACUGCAGCGCCCACUGCGACCUGGCCCACGGCUGCUGCAUGCCUGACGGCUCUUGCAGGUGUGACCCAGGCUGGGAGGGGCUGCACUGUGAGCGCUGUGUGAGGAUGCCUGGCUGCCAGCAUGGUACCUGCCACCAGCCCUGGCAGUGCAUCUGCCACAGUGGCUGGGCGGGCAAAUUCUGUGACAAAGAUGAGCACAUCUGUACCUCAAAGUCCCCCUGUCGGAACGGAGGCCAAUGCGUGUAUGAUGGGGGCGGCGAGUACCACUGCGUGUGUCCACCCAGCUUCCAUGGGCGGGACUGUGAGCGCAAGGCAGGCCCCUGCGAGUGGGCGGGCUCCCCGUGCCGGAAUGGCGGCCAGUGCCUGGAUGACCAGGGCUUUGCCCCCAACUUCACAUGCCGCUGCCUGGCGGGCUUCAUGGGUGCUCACUGCGAGCUGAAUGUAGAUGACUGCCUGAUGCGGCCUUGUGCCAAUGGUGCCACCUGUGUGGAUGGCAUAAACCGCUUCUCCUGCCUCUGCCCUGAGGGCUUUGCUGGACGCUUCUGCACCAUUAACCUGGACGACUGUGCCAGCCGCCCCUGCCAGAGAGGCGCCCGCUGCCGGGACCGUGUUCAUGACUUUGACUGCCUCUGUCCCAGUGGCUAUGGCGGCAAGACUUGUGAGCUUGUCCUACCCAUCCCAGACCCUGCCACCAUGGCGGGCACCCCCAUAGGGACCACCUCAGCAGUGGUGGCCCUUGCCACAGGGUCAGUGCCCCAUAGCUCGGGUGCAGGCCUGCUGCGCAUCUCGGUGAAGGAGGUGGUACGGAGGCAAGAGGCUGGGCUGGGGGGAUCAAGCCUGGUGACCCUGGUUGUGUUCGGGGCGCUCACUGCCGCCCUGGUCCUGGCCACUGUGUUGCUGACCCUGAGGGCCUGGCGCCGGGGCAUCUGCCCCCCUGGACCCUGCUGUUACCCAGCGCCCCACUACACCCCUGCCCGGCAGGACCAGGAAUGUCAGGUGAGCAUGCUGCCGGCAGGGCUGCCCCUGUCACCAGACCUGGGCCCGGAGCCUGGCAAGACCACGGCGCUGUGAUGGUGGUGAGGGCUCCCAGCCCCCAUCCUCACCUGCUCUGCACUUCAGACUACAGCUGUCCUUCCUCACCCCUCGGCACAGAUGUGUGAAUCCAGGGGGCUUCAGCCUCAC